AAAUACGCAACGCCACCCCCUGCUGCAUUCCCAUCACAUUGCAAGCACACCCAUUUUCCUACUUUGGGCCAGAGCAAAUGGCAUCCACGGCGGGGUCUAAGGUCGAGUCGAAGAAUGAUGUAGCGAGCGGGGACGGAGUGGAGGUUCCCGGGGCGAAGAGAGAGGAGAAGGUGGGAGUUGAAGUGGAGCCAAGGACUGGGGUCUCCUUCCCAGUUAGACUGGAGGAUGGGAAGCAAUUGAACUCCGUAGGUUUGAGGAAGAAGUCCAUGCUCGGGGUGGGACUGAAGAUCUAUGGCUUUGGUAUAUAUGCAGAUAAUGAGAAGCUGAGAGAUUUGCUGAAGUCCGAGUUCAGGGAGGCCCCGGCAACGCCAACAAAGGAAAUGUACCAGAAGGUAAUAGACAGUGAUGUGGGAAUGACGGUGAGAAUGGUGAUAGUAUUUUCUGGCCUCACCAUGAGCAUGAUAAGAAAAAACGUCGGCGAAAGCCUUGGAGGAGCCAUUAAGAAGCUCACCGGUGGGAAUAAGCAUGAGGAUCUCACAAACAAGGUCCUGGAUGAAUCAUCUGAUGAUAUCAAGCUAACAUCUGGUUCUGUAAUGGAGAUUUCUCGCCUUCCAGGAUAUACUUACCAAAUUAAAGUGACGGAUAAGGUGGUGAGCAAGAUACAGAGCGAACUUCUAUGCAGGGCCCACAUCUAUACGUAUCUCGGAGACAACACAUUCGACAUGGAAGCCAGAGAAAAGUUUGGGAUGUCCAUGCUCAAGCUUUUCUAGAGGCGUGACGGAAGAACGCAAAUGGAAAUAAGGGCAGUACACCAGUUUUCCUCCUCUACCCAAUGAAGCAGUAAGAUUAUGUUAACGAACUUAUUACUCCAAUUUCUGAAAUGUAUCCAAAUAUUGCUACAGCAGCAAAUAUCAUCACAUGGCUCUACAAUAAUAUUGGUUUUCACACAUGUUCCAAGCAA